CCCGCCGGUAGAUGGCAACACAGGGCCGAUCCACAACACGGGGAGGCUGUCAGUCAGAGCGCAUAGAAUCCCCACGUAGGCAAAAUGAAGUGCCAGGCGUUACUGCUCCUUACGGGCCUGGUGGCGGCAGUGCAAGCGGAAGGGAAGAAGAAGGAGAGUGAUCAGUGCCAGUAUGAGCAGAAGAGAAAAUGCGCAGGGGACGACCUGCUCACCGCGGCCUCAAGGCAUGACAUGAAGAAAGUGAAAGAACUCAUGGAAGACAAAGAGAAAUUUUACAUUCUGACGUACACCGGAUUUAACACAGACACGAGAGCUGGCUACACUGCCCUGAUGUAUGCCUGCGAGAACAACGACACGGAGAUGGUGAAGCUGCUACUGGAAGAAGGAUCAGAUGUGAAUCGACUGAGUAACUUAGAUCACUCUCCUCUCUACUUAACGGCGAUGAACGGAAACUCUGAAACGACGAGGAUGCUGAUAGAGAGAGGAGCAGACCCGAAUACUAUUACGAAGACAGGCCAAAGCCCCCUAUACAUGGCUGCGUGGAACGGCUACCCAGACGUCGUGAGGAUGCUGCUUGAGGUGGGAGCGGAACCCGACAUCUACGCGCCCAACACGAACUACAGCCCGCUUUAUUUUGCUGCCAAAGGAGGUUUUCUAGAUAUGGUCGAGAAUCUCAUAAAAGGCAAUGCAACAAUCAACGUUAAGACAUCUUGGAACGUGACUCCCUUGCAAGUGGCCGUUAUCUGGAAGCACUUGCCGGUGGUCAAAGCACUCGUGGCGGCCAAAGCAGAUCCGAAUGUAGCCGACAAAGAUGGUUUAAUCACGAUUCACAAGGCUUCUCACUAUGGAUACAAGGACAUUCUCCAAGAGCUCUUAAAGGCCGGAGCAGCAAAGGACAAGCAGGAUAAACUGGGCAGGACCGCUCUACACCAUGCAGUGAUUGAAAGGAAGGCGGUGUCAGUGAACCUGCUCCUGGCUGCUUGCUGUGACAUCACUCUGAAAACCAAACGAGGGGAGACGGCGCUGAGAAUUGCAGAGAGGAAGGGCAACUCGGCCAUCAUAAAUGCUCUGAAAAAUCAUAGCGCAUGUAAAUAGACGAACAGCGGUGACAAGAGACACUCAACCACACCGCUCUUCAAGUCUUCCCUCUGAAUGGCUGCAUUAUAGAAAACUUUGCAACCCAUAUUUUCCUCGAUGCAAGACUAUCAUCAACUGCCUAACAAGGGAUUCAAUUGUCAGCUUUGCAACAAAUACUACAAACUCCAGCAUAUAAGUGUUGUCAAUCCAGCUGUUCUUUGACAAGUAGGUCAGAAUGAGGAUUGAAAAGUUUCCCUUUGCCUCCUUGAUAUUCAUCAGCAUGUUCCUCUGUAUGUGCCGUCUGUCAGCAUUUGCAACAUCAGCGUUGAUGGAGGCUGCGAGAAAAGAUCUUCUGUCAGGGUUAUCCACGACAGCAAAAAGUGUGGUCAACAUAACAGCAGUACUAUCAAAAGAUAUCAACUAUCUGAAACACACACACACAUACACACAAACGCACACACACACACACACACACACACACACACACACACACACACACACACACACACACACACACACACACACACACGCACACACGCACACACACACACGCACAGACACACACACACAUACACACACACACGUAAGCCUGUAUGUAUUCCUAUAUACUUCUGAACAUCCCACGAAUUUCAGGCGCUCCUCUGAAAAAGCGAGAGGACUUAGCCUUGGAUGCAACCGAACUCAUGUUGCUGAAUGUGCAGAGGUUCUGUGAAGCCUCCAUUCGCUAUUCAUCCUCUGACAAACUCUGCCAUUUGCGGAGGCUCAAAUGUGCGACUGUCUUAAAGGCCUGAAGGUCAACGCUCAACCAUUUCCAGUGCUGAAAAAAGGUAUCAGUUUUUUUUUCGCGGUUGUAAGUUUGUGUUUUUUGAUCCUUAAUUAUUAGCAAUUGGCAUUAAUUAAGUUUUUUAAUGAUUUUCUUUUUCGAAAUUUGUCUCCCUCUCUUUGAUGGUGAAAUUAUUUUCUGUCAAAGCCUUUGAUAUUAAUUACGUAUUGCUUCACUCCUCAAGAAAAUUAUGAUUUUUGGUCACAUCAUACACUGUCAAUUUCCCUAAAUAUUCCAACAGAGUUCUCAAUAUCCUUUCCGACUCAAAAAUCUCUUUCUCUCUUUCUGUUCCUUCAUCUGUCGUUCCAAAGAACCUUCUCCUUCCUCAGAAUUAAUCUGAGAACCGACAGUUGUAACACAUCAAGAUUUUUUUUCCCAGUUAGUUGUAACGUGACUUAAGGAAACGCCAUUUGGCAGACAGCAGGUUAUAUAUAUAUGUAUAGAUAUACAUGUACAUACAUACAUACAUACAUACAUACACACACACACACACACAACACAACA